AUGGAAAAUAGCAACAACACUUUCAUUUUACUCGGAACAUUCGAAACCUCCUACGGCGUACGGGCGCUCGCUGUCAGCCUGCUGCUGCUGAUGUUCGUCGUCACCGUCACCGCCAACCUGCUGGUGCUGGUGGUUGUGGCAGUCUCCACAGACCUGCACAAGCCCAUGUACGCCUUCAUGUGUAACCUGGUGCUGGCUGACCUCAUUGGCUGCUCGGUGAGUUUGCCCCAACAGCUUCACAUCCUCCUGACGGGCGACAACCGGAUUCCGCGCUCGUCCUGCACCGCGCAGAUGUUUUGGAUCAACGUGUUCAUUUGCAUGGAGUGUCUCACUCUGGCCGUCAUGUCCUUCGAUCGCUACGUGGCGAUUUGCCACCCGCUGCACUACCACGCCAUCGUGACUGGUAAACGGACGCUGCUCGCGAUUUUGACCGCGUGGGGCCUCGUGACGGCCGCCCUCGCGCCGCUCACGAUCCUCGUCACGUCGCUGACGCUGAAAGGCGACGGCAGGCAGAUGCCGGGCAUUUUCUGCGAUUACUCGGGGUUUGUUCGUCUGUCCAUCGGUGACACGCGCGUCUACGAGACGUACAUCUUGGCCUUCGUGGUGACCCUCUACGCGUUACCGCUGUGCGUAAUAGGACACACGUACGCUAGGAUUAUCAUCGAGUGCAAGAGGACACGGUCGCGUGACUUCAAGCGCAAGGCCGUGCAUACCUUGCUCACCCACUUCUUUUUGCUCUCGGUUUUCUUCGGCUCGCUGUUCAUCGCUGUGCUGGUGCCGCGACUCGUCAGGGAUUCGCAAAGCGUUCAGGCGAGAAACAUUCGCUGCGUUGCCGAGUUUGUCAGCUUCAUACUGCCGAUCGCGAAUGUCAGCAUCUACUUCUUCAGAACCAAAGAGCUGAGGAAAGUGGCCAAGAGCCGCUUGAAGAAGAUGAUUCCCAAAGCGUUUAGCAAUCUGCGGCUUCGCAAGGUGUGGGCGACAGUGAACUAG